AUGGAAAAUAAUAAUCAAGUCUGGUGUAUUCCAAAUGAUUGUAUUCCAUUUCUUGCAGCUGCUACAUCAUGGGAUCAAAUGUAUAUAAAUCUUGGCAAUAAAUUUCUAUAUGAUGCAACUGAUAAAAUUCUAACACAAAUUCGUGAUUUAAUAGAUUUAGAUGAACCAAAUAUAAAUCAAGAUUUACUUAUUGCAAAUGUAUCUGAAAAGAUUUUUUAUGAUUAUCGAUCAAUUACAAGGGAUAUUGAUAAAACAUAUGAACAAAGCAUUAAUGAUGUUUUUCAUCAAUAUAAAAAUAUAAUUUCAUCUCGAGCAACUAGUGGUGAUAUACCUGAUGAAUGUAUUAAAGAGAUUGUAUGUGGUAUGGAACAGUUUAAAACUCGUCUCUUAGCGCGUGCAGGAAAGAUGAAGACACCAAUUGAAGUUAGUGCGGAAAAAACCGAAAUUAAACAUUUCGAUAAAGAGAAUAAAAGAAGUAGAAAAUAUAAUAACGAUAAUGUAGCAUUUACUCAAGAUAAUAUCGCUAAAUUAAAAAUAAAUGAAAUAGAUCCAAAAAUAAAUAUUCAUUCAAAGCAACAAGAACAAAUUGAUAAUUCGAAAUUAAUUCCAAAUGCUCAAAUGGCAAAGAAAAGUAGUUCAAAUUAUGAAACAAAUUCUUUAGGAAAAGAGCAUAUUCUUGAUGAAGUCAGUCCAGCACCAUAUGAACAAAAAUUUCAUCAUAAUCGAAAAAAACAUGAUUAUGAAAGUGAAUAA